GAAUUGCUCAGAGUUGUUCAUGGGUCUCAACAGUAUCAUAAUGCGGCUAUAAAGAAGUACAGGAGUUCCAUUGAUAACCGCCUUCAUGUUAUCUACAGUUCUCUAUUGGACAUGCAUGGAGGAGAGAGGCGUGAUAGAGAAGAAUGACUUUAUAUGAGGCUGUAUCUGGUUUAAGUGAAAGUCUGUAGAUUUCCUGUAUAGGCCUGAACUGCGGAGUAUUCAACGAAAAGGUUGUGAAUAUAUGUCUGUAAAAAUGGGUUUGUGUACAGUAUAUUUUUCAUGAAUAGUGAGGCAGUGUUGAAUGUAAAUCAACUUUUUUUUGGAUUCUGAAGUGGAGGACGUGAAGACGUGUAAAGGUAAAAUGUCCAGAGUUCAUACUGACUUUAAACUUACCACCGCUGAAGACAGUGAGAGGGUUGGUCCUGGUGAUGAUGUCACCCUCCACUGUCACCUCUCCCCCAAGACCAGUGCUGUUGUCAUGACGAUCCGGUGGUUUAAAGGGACAGAGUGCAUUUACCUGUAUAAGAAUGGCCAGGUGACAGAGAGCAUUGGCUACGAGGGCAGAGUCAGUCUGACCGCGCCGGAGCUGGAGGGAGGCAAUGUGUCCCUGAGGCUGAGAGACUUCAGGAGGUCAGACGUAGGACGGUACAGAUGUCAGGUCAUCCAUGGAGAACAGAAGGAGGAGGCUGCAGUGGGUUUAGAGGUUGCUAGUGGAUCACGAUUGGACUUUGCUAGGUUAUAUGGAGCGGCUUGGGGACGGGUCUCUGAAGUGGCCCAGCCAGAGCCCGGACUUGAACCCGAUCAAACAUCUCUGGAGAGACCUGAAAAUAGCUGUGCAGCGACGCUCCCCAUCCAACCUGACAGAGCUUGAGAGGAUUUGCAGAGAAGAAUGUGAGAGACUCCCCAAAUACAGGUGUGCCAAGCUUGUAUCAUCAUACCCAAGGAGACUCGAGGCUGUAAUCGCUGCCAAAAGGUGCUUCAACUAAGUACUGAGUAAAGGGUCUGAAUACUUAUGUAAAUGUGAUAUUUAAGUUUUUUAUUUUAAUACAUUUGCAAAAAAUUGUAACCUGUUUUUGCUUUGUCGUUAUGGGUUAUUGUGUGUAGAUUGAUGAGGGGGGAAAAAACUAUUUUAAUAAAUUUUAGAAUAAGGCUGUAAAGUAACAACAUUUUGAAAAAGUGAAGGGAUCUGAGUACUUUCUGAAUGGACUGUAACCCAGCAAGUCAGAGAGAAAGAGAGACUACUGGAGGACACUACCAAAGGGGACGAGAAGAGUAAGAGAAGUGGGUGCAUUGGAAAAGGACCUGCAGGACUCGAACAGCCAAGUAGAGAACUUCAGAGUCCAACUGCAGCGUCAUUCCCCCUAAAAACAAAGCACAAGAAAGAGGAUUUCUGACAACCACCAUCUCAGAUUGUUCUAAAAUCCUUUCUGUAGUUAGAAACAGAUGAGAUUAGCAUUUCUGAAACAUUAUUUUGUUGAAAUAUAAUUUGAUCUCUGAGAAAUGAAGCUAAUUGAUUGACCCCCCCCAAUUGGCCAUUUUUAUUUAAAGCGUUCAUAUAAUCUUCAAUAAAUAUUGUACCUAA